AUGCCUGUACUAGAGCGCUUCAUGCGCAUGCAGUGGCCUUGCUGGAGUUCGAGACGCCAGAACAGAAUCGUCCAAGGAGGCUUCGAUCUUGCGAGGGAGAUCUUUUAUCCGGAGCUCGGGGAAAAAUUCGAAUACGGCAGCCAAUCCGUUAAGGCCUCCCCGCCCGGUAAAGUCUGGCCGGCGUUUAUUAAUUGCGCGCAUACGUCUGUGAAUGUUAUUGACAGCUCACGAAUCAAUAACGGGCAGGCUCGAAUCGCUCUUUCGCUAAUGGAAUCACUUAUGAAAGCCAAUGUUGGCCUCAAGUUUGUGGUGGUUUCACCUUACAGAGCCACCAAAACGUUCCUCGAAGGUUUGAUCCAGCAGCGCAUGGCUGCCCUACAGCCAGGCCCUCUUCGCAGCGGCCUCCUCGGUAUCGAGGUCAGCACUGCUGAUUCCUUCCAGCAAUCUCAGCAUACACAGCUAAGAUCCAUGGGAAUACUGAUCCUGUGUCAGGGGCCAACGGUCUACCGGAGUUCUGAUACAAAAAUUGACAAGAACCCUUUUUUCCUCUUCCAAUUGAGACCCCGCCUUUUGUCGUAUCACACCCGCCUCCUCUACGUCUCCCUCAGUCAGUCUGGCUGCCCUCUGGGCGGCUUUCCUCGUCUCUCUGGCUUCCUCGCUCUUCACCGAGCAGGGCUCUUUGGGCCUUUCUUUGCGACCGUCUCCCACCCUGAUGGGCCUUCGUCUCGGGGUGGAUCCCCAUCUCGACCUGGGUCUUGGCCCCGUUCUUUGCCGUCUGCCGCUUCCUUGGCCGUCUCUGCUGCUGCCUGUGCCCUCGUGGACGUGGACGACCAGCGACAACGACAACGAUGA